GCAGAUUGUGCCUCGUACUGUAGCUUAUGAGCGACAGGGAAGAACAACAACCGGACGACCGGAUCUUGCGAUCAGCAAGGCGCCCAAUAGCCCACGUGGCAUUAGGACCGGAGGGCGGCAAAUAUUUGUUCCGCCAGCUUAGAGAAAGGCAGCAGCAACAGAGAAGAGCUAGGGCCGCAGAGGCAAGCAGGGCAUUAGUAAGCGUGGCCGCUUCUUCAGCAGUCAUGGCCACUGCUGUGCAGCAGACUUCUCAGGCCGGUAGUUCAGGUUUUGUAGGGUCAACGGUCGCACAGACCCUGAGUCAGUCGGCUGGAGUUAUGGCAAGCCAGCCAUUGGUGUUGUCACCCGAGGAGAUCGCCAUACCGCAGGCUGCCCUGCAGGAGGCACAACUACAGAAGGCUCUAGGAGAGAUAAAAGCGGAAAAGGAAAGAAUGAUUAGAAGAAGAGCUAGGAUGCAGCAGAGGCAAGCGAACGUUAGUGAGUUAGAGGAGAUGGACCUGACGCACAUGAGUGACGAUGUGAGGACCAUACGGUCCGUCCUGCUAGAUGUAGUUGAAAUGCAGGACCACCAGACGGCUCUCCUUCAAGACAUUCAGCAGAGUCUGGCCUUGUUGGUUGGGCGAGAGCAGGUAACACCAUCGAUGUCUGGGCCUGGUGCCUGGCCAAUUGUACAGCUUCCUCCUUUUGUCCCACCGGUGACUGGGUUAUCCCCAUAUACCGCUCCAGCAUCGGUCCAGACCGUUUCACUGGGAAUGCCGUUAACAGGAGGGUUUUCAGCAGGUCCUAGUUUACAGGUUCAUAUACAGACAGUGUUCACCCAACCUCCGUCGCAGGUUGCCGUAAGCGUGCAGCCUGCUGUCUCGCAACCUGUACAGCCGCAGGGUACACAGCCCCAGCAGCAACAGGUGCACCAACCUGUUCCCCAGGGUCCACAGCCCGGUGUGAUGCAGGGGCCGGGACAAAGUCAGUGGGUACCAAAGACGACCAUCGCCGCUCCGAAACCCUUUACAGGGGAUAAGAGGGGUGAAGACCUCGACACUUGGUUGAGGGCAGUGUCGGUCUAUGUCAAGUGCAAACUUACUUUGCCACACGAGGAAGUGCUUGUGGCUGCAUCCUACCUAGAGGGUAGUGCAGCAAGAUGGUUGAGUGGUUUAGUGCAGCUGCAGGGAUACGGUCAUGACUUCCGCACUUGGGAAGCCCACCAGGAACUGGAGGACUUUCUCAAGAUGGUGGAAGAUAGGUGGCACGAUCCUCAGGAGGCCCAAAAGGCCACUGACGCGAUCCUGACACUGCAAACGAGGCAGUUCAAGUCAGUAAGAGAGGCCACUAACGCUGUAGAGCGUCUGAUCUGUGUCCCUGGGGUGUGCUAUGACCCCCAGGUCUUACUCACCUCCUACCUGAGAUGCUUUCCCAUGCCUCUCAGGAAUCAGUUGGCAGGUGAGGCCAACAUCAAUAUGCACAACUUCCCCUCGUUUAGCACGAAGGCCCUAGACCUUGAAGCGAAGAUAGGGCAUGGACAUAAUCCCACGACGGAUGGUAGGAAGAAGACUCUGCCUCCCAACUGGAAGGCGAAGGGACGCAUUAUGUUCGUCGACAAGGAUGGUUCUACCAUCGAGUUGGACGACGAGUUCCAGGCGGGAGUAGGUUCAGAGGCUGUCAGUGUAGAAGCUUCAGGGGGUGGUGUAGUUGCCGCCGUAACUCAAAAAGGUAAGGCGACCGGUAGACGCCGUGGAGGUUACCGGUCUAGGAGUCAAGUUGACCCCAAUGCUCCCCCAUGGGAGAAAGCGGGGCUCACUGAGGAUGUGUGGAGAGACAGGUACACCAGGCAGGCCUGUAUUCGUUGUGGCCAAUAUGGCCAUAAUCAAUUCAAGUGCCGCAACAAGAAGGCGACCGAGAAGAUCCCGCCUAAGAUGGGGCAGGCGUUGGGAUCCUCCACUCCCGUUGGUAGCAAUGUGGCUAGCACUUUUGGCACUGCUCCGGGAAACACGUACGGUCUGUACGAGUUUGUGGUGAUGCCUUUCGGCCUUUGCAAUGUUUCUGGCACCUUUCAGCACGCUAUGAAUCGGAUAUUUCACGACUACUCGGAUAAGUUUGUCAUUGUGUACCUCGAUGACAUACUUAUUUUUAGUAAGACUGUCGAGGAGCACGUUGCGCACUUGGACAAAGUCCUGAGUCUUCUGCGACGACACAAGUUCAAGAUCAACGGUGAGAAGUGCGAGUUUGGCCGCACCCGUGUCUUGUUCUUGGGUCAUGAGAUUUCCGCGGAGGGGUUAAAGCCCGAUGACGCGAAGGUGGCCAGCAUUCGUGACUGGCCGCGUCCUCAGUCUGUGACUGAGAUGAGGUCUUUCUUAGGGAUGACCGGCUACUAUCGCAAUUUUGUGAAGAACUAUAGCAUAGUUGUCGCCCCUUUGAUUGACCUAACUCGCCUUGACACCCCGUGGGAGUGGACAGACAGAUGUGAGGCUGCUUUCAGACAUCUGAAGCAUGCGUUGACGCAUCAUGAGGUCUUGAAACUUCCUGAUCCUGACAAGCCAUUUAUAGUAACUACGGAUGCUAGCCAAUAUGGCAUAGGCGUCGUACUUGCACAGCAGGAGGGGAAAAAGUUGAGGCCGGUAGAGUACAUGUCCAAAAAAAUGCCCUCUCAGAAGUUGGCUAAGUCCACCUAUGAGAAGGAUCUCUAUGCGAUCUACAAGGCGCUCACCCAUUGGAGGCACUAUCUCCUUGGGAGGUUCUUCUACGUCAGGACUGAUCAUCAGACCCUGAAGUGGAUGAGAACCCAACAUGUGCUCUCCGACGCUCUGAAGCAUUGGAUUGAAGUCAUAGAGCAGUAUGACUUCGAGCCCCAAUACAUCAAGGGCGAGUACAACAAGGUUGCUGAUGCGUUGUCAUGUAGACCUGAUUUCUCAGGUGCGCUGAUUACUGAGUUCGAUCUUACGGACGAUGUUACUCGCUCCUUGGUGGAAGCCUAUCGCGAGGACCAGUUCAUGUCUGAGAUCAUACGCAGACUUGAGUCGAGGGAUGAGAAGACUUCUAUUGAGUUUGAGUUGGUCAACGGCUUGUUGUUCCUUGAGAAGGCAGGGAAUAAACGGUUGUGUCUGUACGUGGAGACUUGUCAAGUCUGUCAGAGGGACAAGCCACGUACUCAGGCUCCUCUUGGCCUCCUGAAGCCCCUUCCGAUUCCAGAAAGGCCUGGUGAGAGUUUGUCCAUGGACUUCAUGGAUACGCUGGUAACCAGCAAGAGCGGGAUGAGACAUAUCUUCGUCAUCGUGGAUAAAUUUAGUAAGUAUGCUAGGUUGAUAGCCAUGCCAGAGACUGCAAAGACCGAUUACGUAAUCAGACUUUUCAAGGAAAACUGGGUCAGGGAUUUUGGUCUGCCUAAGUCCAUCGUGAGUGACAGGGAUGUCCGAUUCACCAGUGAGUUGUGGAAGGCCGCUGCUGCCGAACAGGGAACACGGUUCGAGAUGACCUCUGGGAAUCACCCAGAGGCCAAUGGCCAAGCCGAGCAACUGAACCGCGCUGUACAACACCUGCUGCGGCAUUACAUCAAGCCCAAUCAGGUGGACUGGGAUGAGAAGCUUGCUCUCAUUGCCAGCCUGUACAAUAACGCUGUACAUAGCGCCACCGGGGAGCACGGGAUCUCCCGCAAGCUCAUGCCUCAAUACUUUGGACCAUGGGAGGUCUUAGACGUUGUCGAGACUGAUCCGGAUGGGCCGUCUUAUGUAAUCCGGAUCCCUGGUCAUCUCCGCACAUAUCCUGUCUUUCACGCCUCUAAGCUUGCACCUUUCAAGGAAACAGACCAGUUCCCCUCACGUCGCUCAAUGCUGCCCCCAACCAUGGACGGAGAGGUGGACAUCGAUGACAUCGUGGAUCACAGGGAGCUGCCAGUGCCAAGACCAACCGGCAGGGGACGUCCUCCGAAACUGAAGCUGCAGUACCUCGUUCGGUUCCGGCAUCAUAUUGAUCCAAAGGAAGAUCGAUGGUUCACCAGGGAGGAACUCAUGCAGACCGCUCCUCAGUUUGUAGCCCAAUACGAGAAAUCUCUGCAGAAGGGAAAGCGCCCGAUGAGUGAAGACUGAGCUUCUCAGAGGACUGUUGAAGCUAUGGAGGAGGGAAUGCGAGGCCACAGCCUCG